CACAUAAGUAAUUUGAUUUUAAAAAGUGACAAUUUCCUUGUGUGUGUUUGAAAUUUUGCUUUAGAUUAGAAAACAUUUUGGUGAACAUGGAAGUAACUAUUACCAUUUUUGUUCUCUUUGUUGUCCAGACAAAUGCAAACGUGUGCAAUGACCUAAAUGGAGCUUGUUGUUCAGACUAUAAAAUAGUCGAGGGCGUUUGUCGACCUUGUUACGGAUCAUAUGGGGUAAAUUGUACAAUGAAUUGUUCUACUGGAUACUUUGGAUUUGGAUGCCGUUCAGAAUGUCAUUGCAAGGCCAACCAGUUAUGUAACAGUAAAAUCGGAUGCAUGGAUACAUACGGAAAACUUGGCUAUCAACCAAUGUAUGGAAUUCUCAUUAAUAUAUCUAUUGUAACUAGUACCGUUUGUAUCAUCUUGAUAAUUUACAUCAUAAAUAGAAGACGCAGAACAAAAAACAACACAGCAACAGUUGUUGAUACCUGCAAAUGUACAUCACAUUGUAAUGAAGGCCAGGAAAUAGAUAUUAUUAACCCUCAGAGCAGAAGCAACGACUCUCCAUUGCGUGAACUCACUUCAAUGCAUUGCGGCACAACAUCGCCUUUGAGUGGUAAUUUCAGUUGUAGAUCGUCAAAUGUUAAAGUUUUUAGUCAUAAUCCAGACGAAAGCGGAAGUCAAUAUCCCCGUGAAUCCUGGUGCAGCAGCAACUAUUACUCUGGAUCCCAAUUUGUAAAUAGUUAUGAUAAAUGCCACGAAAUGGAUAAAUACGACCAUGCAAUGGGUAGAAUAUCUAGGCCCUUCAGACAAGCGUUAUUACCGUCACAUGUUCGGUAUUCUUCACAACGGUUCAUUAUUGAAGAAGAGGGCGAGUACUGUGAGCCAAGACAAACAUAAACAUGUCUAAAAGAUUGCUUUUUAUUUAGACAGGAUUUUGUGAGACCAGAGCUACUUCAAAUUUUCUUCCUUUGUUCAUGUACCGGUAUAUACGCACGUUACACAGUUAAUAUGUUUUAAAAGAACGUACAUUUUGAGAUUUUUCAAAUAGUAAUCAUAUUUUAUCAUUAAGUUAAUUUAACACGAACUGUCUUUGCUUUUACAUAUUUUACAGUUUAAGUUUUUUAAUUUUUUGUAGCUUAAAUGAAUAUAGUUGUGUGAUUGUUUUAAUUCGAUGAAAUAAAAUUCA